AAACAGACUUUGGGAUCACACCAUUCGUGUGAAGUGAGCCAUAGGGGUCUUCAUCUCUGAUCAUCAAGAUGGCAUGAUUGGUUUUACGGCAGUCGUUCUUCUCUUUUACUUAGUUAGCUACUUCGCUUAUGCAUGUGCAAUCUACCCUUUUGCACAGACUAAGGAUCCAGUUUUUAUUUUCCUGCAAUUGUGUGGCCUGUCUGUGUCUCUGUCAAGCUUGAUUUUGCACAAGCAAACAGAUAAAUCUAUAACACUCUCAGUAAUUUUGUUAAGUUACAGUUCAAGACGGGAACCCGUUUGUUAUUUGGAGACCAUUCCUCCAGUAUUUAUGGCAAUACACCAGCGACACAAAAGCAGCGCUCUUCUCUGGGAAGAGACACUGCAAUUUGUGUCAACACUAUCCUUGUACAUCCGCAGGAAAUUGUGCCACUCUCAGAAACAAUCAGAAUCAUAGUAACAUAUGAUUCUACAUCAUUUGAUGGCCAGGAAUUUAUUUUUAAUUAGUUUGUUGAUUCUUUCGCUUGUCUUUAAAUCCUGCACAGCUCACUCAUGGAGGAACUAUAGUUCUCUGGAUGAUGUUGGUCCACGUUGUGAACCUUCGUCCCAUCCGUUUGGUCUGUGCAAGACAAGAGCAGCAGCUUUUGGCUAUCCAUGCGAAGACCACAUGGUCACAACAGAAGAUGGUUAUAUUCUUAGCUUAAAGAGGAUUCCUCAUGGCGUUUCUAAAUCGACUAAGAAUAGGACGAGGAUACCAGUACUGCUAUUCCACGGGCUCAUGGUGGAUAGCGUUUCUUGGGUACUGGGUACACCAAAACAAUCACUUGGAUUUAUUUUGGCAGAUGGUGGGUUUGAUGUUUGGUUUGCCAACACCCGUGGAACUAAUUCCAGCCGGAACCAUACCUCGCUCACUCCAGAUGAUCCGGAGUACUGGAACUGGACGUGGGACCAACUUGCUGCCUAUGAUCUUCCUGCCGUGCUUCAGUUUGUCUAUGAUCACACAGGAGGCCAGAAAGUCCACUAUAUCGGUCACUCCCUGGGAACCUUGAUUAUUAUUGCAGCCUUCUCUGAGCACAGGUUACUUCAUUUAGUUCGAUCGGCUGUGUUGCUCUGCCCAAUUGCUUAUCUGUAUAAGACAAAAUCGAAACUCACCCGGCUUGCUACUCAAAUCCUCCUUGCAGAAGUAAAAGAAAACUGUCCAUCGUACUUUUUCUUAUUAUCAACUACCACAUCUAUAAUUUACAUGGUGAAUGGUUUAUUUUCUUUGGUUUGUCUUGCGCAGGCAUUUCACUUUCUAGGAUAUCGUGAGUUCAAUCCUGUUGGGCCAGUUUCACAUGAAAUUCUGCUCCUAAUAUGCGGUGACCCUGAAGUCGACUGCUACGACCUGUUUACGGCUGUUAUGGGACCGGACUGCUGCCUCAAUGCUUCAACUGUAUGUGCCUUCCUGCAGCAUGCCACACAGUCCACCUCUAUCAAGAACCUUAUUCACAUGUCGCAGAUGAUCAGGUACGAAGGAGUCAGAAGGUACGACUACGGCAACGCCUUGGAAAACAUGAAGCAUUACAACCAGCCACGCCCCCCGCUGUACGACCUCUCGUCCAUCCCGACCCAUAUCCCCAUGUUCCUCACCCAUGGCGGCCAAGACUUCCUCGGCGAUGUCCCCGACACCAGGCACCUCCUGAAGACGCUGGUCAGAACCCAUGACAGCAACAACAUGGAGGUGCUGUACCUGCCCGACUACGCUCACGCUGACUUUGUGAUAGGCUACAAUGCUCCACAACUCGUGUACGGGCCGAUUGUCGACUUCCUUCAGCGCCACUGAUGGAGCUGCUACUUCAGGUCUCUCUCCGAGCGGCCUUCACCGCAGUGACUUCCUAUAUUAGCCUAUACAGCCAACCAAAACUUCAACCACGUAUUAGUUGUCCGUUCAUAUGGCUUGUGUAUGAUCUUAGCAUAUGCUCAUCGGAGUGAGUAGAUGCUCUGUCAGAUAUUCAGUUCCAUCGUAACCAGUUUACCCGUCAUGUCCGAUCCCGUGUUAUCUGCCUAUUUGAAAGUCUCAGAUUUCUGACCCCGUUUAUGCACCAUCUACUACAUGAGCGUGUUUUCUUUCGUCGACGGGGUAAUCCUUGUUAGGAAGUAUUAGUAUUAGUCUAGGAGUUCUAUUAGUCUAUGUUUAUUUUCCUUACACCUUAAGUCAUGUGUAGUAUAUACAUGUCUAUUGAACCUUUAAUAAAAAUAAAUUGCUUUUCUAACAUGA